GCAACGACGGACGGACGGAACGGACCUGACCAACACACGAGACACGACGAGACAAUCAUACGGAUGCUGUCAUCUUGUCCGCCACCUGCGACUGCGAGCUCGUUGCCAGCUCCGCUAGUUCACUCGCCGCGAUGGCGCCCAACCACCAGCUCCGCCUCGCCACGGCUCUUCCUCUGCUGCUGGUUCUGCUUCUCCCCGCGGCUUCCCGCGCCAGGGACACCAUCGCGCCGGGCCAGCCGCUCCGGGGGAACGACACGCUCGUCUCCUCCGGCGCCGGCAGCUUCGUGCUCGGCUUCUUCUCCCCGCUGGGCUCCAACAACACCUAUGUCGGGAUCUGGUACGCCAAGGUGCCCAUCCGCACCGUCGUCUGGGUGGCCAACCGCGCCGCCCCCGUCCGCGGCGCCGCCACGGACAACGCCGGCGCCACGCUCUCCGUAUCCAGCCAAGAAUGCGCGCUCGCCGUCGCGGACGCCAACGCCACGGUGGUGUGGUCGUCGGCGUCGUCCCCGCGGCCCGCCGGAUCCUCUGCGGCGUCGGGCGGCGGCUGCACGGCGCGGAUCCGCGACGACGGCAACCUGGUGGUGACGGACCAGCGCGGGCGCGUGGUGUGGCAGGGGUUCGACCAUCCCACCGACACGCUGCUCCCCGGGAUGCGGCUCGGGGUGGACUUCGCGGCCGGGACGAACAUGACGCUGACGGCGUGGGCGAGCCCGUCCGACCCGUCGCCGAGCCCCGUGGUGGCGGCGAUGGACACGUCGGGGGACCCGGAGGUGUUCAUCUGGAACGGCGGGACCAAGGUGUGGCGGUCGGGGCCAUGGGACGGCGUGCAGUUCACGGGCGUCCCGGACACCAUCACUUACAAGGGCAUGGGCUUCAGCUUCCGCUUCGUCAACGACGGGCGCGAGGCCACCUACAGCUUCCAGGUCCGCGACGCCGGCAUCGUCUCCCGGCUGGCGCUCAACAGCACGGCGGGGGGCAUCAUCGGCGGCGGUGGGCUGCUGCAGCGGUGGACGUGGCUGGAGUCCGCCGCCGCGUGGGGGCUCUACUGGUACGCGCCCAAGGACCAGUGCGACGCCGUGUCCCCGUGCGGACCCAACGGGGUGUGCGACACCAACAAGGUGCCCGCCUGCUCCUGCCUCCCCGGGUUCACGCCGCGGUCGCCGGCGUCGUGGGCGAUGCGGGACGGCCGCGACGGCUGCGUCCGCGCCACGCCGCUCGACUGCGGCGGCAACGCCAACCGCAGCAGCAGCACCGACGGGUUCGCGCCGCUGCCGCACGCCAAGGUGCCCGACACGACGCGGGCGGUGGUGGACUACGGCUCCAGCCUGGACCAGUGCCGGCAGCGGUGCCUCAGGAACUGCUCCUGCACGGCGUACGCCAGCGCCAACCUCACCGGCGCGGCGGGCCACCGCGGCUGCGUCAUGUGGACCGGCGGACUCGAGGACCUCCGCGUGUACCCGUCCUUCGGCCAGGAUCUCUACUUCCGGCUCGCCGCCGCUGACCUCGCUUCAAUAGGCAAGUCAAAGAAAAAGGUCAGUAUGGCGAUUUCAGUUGUUGUGAGCAUAACAGCUGCCCUGGCAGUUCUUCUAGCAAUCACAGGGCUUUUGAUUUGGAGAGCAAAGAAAACAAAAGCAAGAAAACCAGGAUCAACCAUAUGGACAGCUAGUUCACGCAAUAAGGAUGGGAGUGAAGGUAAGGAUCAUGGGGAUGACCUGGAGCUACCAGUAUAUGAUUUUGAGACAAUAGCAGCAGCCACGGAGGGUUUCUCAACUGAGAAUAAGCUUGGUGAAGGCGGCUUUGGACCUGUAUAUAAGGGUAAGCUUGAGGAUGGACAAGAAAUAGCUGUUAAAACACUUUCAAGAACAUCAACACAGGGUCUUGAGGAAUUCAAGAAUGAGGUUUUGUUGAUAGCUAAACUCCAGCAUCGGAAUCUUGUUCGACUAAUUGGAUGCAGCAUUUCUGGACCAGAAAAGAUACUUAUAUAUGAAUACAUGGAAAACAAGAGCUUGGACUUCUUUAUGUUUGACACAACCAAGAGCAAGCUACUUGACUGGCAAACACGAUACCGUAUAAUUGAGGGAAUUGCUCGAGGUUUACUGUAUCUUCACCAGGACUCGAGAUAUAGAAUCAUCCACAGAGAUCUCAAGACAAGCAACAUUCUUUUGGAUAAGGAUAUGACUCCUAAAAUUUCAGACUUCGGCAUGGCUAGAAUGUUUGGCAGUGAUGACACAGAGAUCAAUACUCUCAGAGUAGUUGGCACAUAUGGUUAUAUGGCUCCUGAAUACGCAAUGGAUGGGGUGUUCUCGGUGAAAUCAGAUGUAUUUAGCUUUGGUGUUAUAGUGCUGGAAAUCAUUGCUGGUAAAAGGAACCGAGGUGUCUACAGCUACUCCGGCCACCUCAACCUUCUAGCACAUGCCUGGAGCUUAUUGAAUGGUGGGAAUGGCUUAGAUUUAGUCGACGAAAAUCUGAAUGGCUCCUACAACUCAGAUGAAGUGUUAAAAUGCCUCAAAGUUGGGCUUCUAUGCGUGCAAGAGAACCCAGAUGACCGUCCCCUGAUGUCCCAGGUGUUGAUGAUGUUUGCCAGCACUGACACUGCCUCGUUGCCAACUCCCAAGCAGCCAGGCUUCGCUGCAAGAAGAGCUGCGGCUGAAGAUACAUCGUGGAGCAAGCCUGACUGCAGCAUCGUGGACAGCAUGACCAUCACGAUGGUUGAAGGUCGGUAGAAAGGUAUGUCCUAUAUAUCAGAGCACAACAUGAUACUGUAGAGUACUAGAGUGGAAUCUCUGCUUUGUUAUCUUGUUUGACAGAUAACAAAAAAAAUUAGAGUUUUGUGGGUUGUGAUUGUUUAUUUCUAGGAACGAAUGUAAUGUGCAAAAGAUGUACAAUUCAUCCUAAUAUUGAAAAGAAUAUACAGAUUGUAUAGCAAAA